AAAAGUCAUCAUUUUCUCUCUCCGCGUACUACUACUUAACAAAAAGAACCCAAACACUCUUUUCCUCCAUUUUUUCUUCUUCACACCUCAAAAAAACUUGCUUACUUUCUUCCUAACAAUGGCGAACAACCCAGAUACCCCUAACCAGGAUUUCCUUGAACAGCUUCUCGAGAUGCAAACUUACGCCGCCGCUGCUGCCGCCGCCGCGGCGGCGGCGGGAGACCCUAAUUUGGCGGGAACUGAUGUCAAUUUGGGUCCCGGAGCUCCGAUGAUGCUCCAGUUAAGCUCCGGCCCAGGUGGGUUUCAUGGCCCGCCCGUAUUUCCGUUGGGAUUGAGCUUGGACCAGGGUGGUAAGCCCGGUGGUGGGUUUAUGAAACAUGAUGAGGGUUCCAGUAGUGCUAAUAAGCGUUUUCGUGAUGACCCUCAACAUCAUCUUCUUGAUGCUUCUGCUAAUUCGCUUCAUAAGAAUGUAUACCAUGGCCAGCCAAUGUCGAAUCCGGUUCCUGUGGCACCGCAUCAACCGGCUGUUCGUCCGAGAGUACGAGCUAGGCGAGGGCAGGCUACUGAUCCACACAGUAUUGCUGAGAGGUUGCGUAGAGAGAGAAUUGCUGAAAGAAUCAGGGCACUGCAAGAUCUUGUUCCUAGUGUCAACAAGACAGAUAGAGCUGCAAUGCUUGAUGAAAUCGUGGAUUAUGUGAAGUUUUUGAGGUUGCAAGUCAAGGUUUUGAGCAUGAGUAGAUUGGGUGGAGCUGGUGCGGUGGUGCCACUCGUUACAGACAUGCCUAUAUCAUCUGUUGAGGAAGAAGGUGGGGAAGGUGGACGAGGUCAACCAGUGUGGGAAAAAUGGUCGAAUGACGGAACCGAAAGACAAGUUGCGAAGCUCAUGGAAGAGAAUGUUGGGGCCGCAAUGCAAUUCCUGCAGUCCAAGGCACUUUGCAUCAUGCCCAUCUCACUCGCAUCUGCAAUCUAUCACACUCAGCCGCCAGAUUCCGGGUCACUUGUGAAGCCCGAGUCAAACCCACCUUCUUAACCCCGUAAGGUGAUCAAUCCCUCAGCUUCCCUUAAUCAUAACUCGCUAAUUUGAUCGUAUGGUCCCCACAAUAUAUACAUAUAUUGCUGUCAAAAUUCAACCCUCCAAAGAAAUCAGUUCAGUCACAUCUCUCAACUUUGAAUUUGGUAUCAAAAGUCAGAUGCCAAUAUGCCAUAGUGCUCAACUUUUCCCUUCCCUUGGAUAGUUUUGUCAACAAAUAGUGACUUAUAUAUAUCAUGGCUAAAAAAAUGGAAGCACAACUCUAACAUAGUCUUUGUUGAGUUCAAGUAAAGGCAAGAAAGGGGAAGAAAUUGUCAAAGUUGAAGUUGAUUUUCUGAUUUUCUGAAUUUCUGAAUUUUGAAAUCUGAUAUGGUAGGGUUUUGAGAGAGUAAGUGGUGAAUGACAAAAGCACUUUUUAUGUAAUAUUUUUGUUAGUGGAGGGUUGUCAAAAAUAUGUUAGUGGGUGGUGGGACCUUGAUAAAAAAAAAAAGGAAUGGAUGAGUACAUAUGUCUUUUGUAAUAUGUUAUGUAUUUUUCUUAUCAGGAAAAGAAUGCAGAUUUAGAAAGGAUAAUGUUUUGGUUGUCCAGAAUUGCUUCUUUCUUUCUUGUAUAGUUUCAAUUCUUACCAUCUAAUUAUGUUUUAUGUUUUA